ACAUGUGCUGCCAUUCGAUUCGAGGACCAGCACUCCGAGCACACGUUUUUCGGCUUUCUAGAAAUAAUUCGGCUACAAUUCAAACCGUGAAGUGAUUUCUUCCUAUUUUUUUUUGUGUGCACAGCUCUUGUAAUUCGAGGAUUUGGUCAUCGCGAGUGCGGGUGAUUAAGCAGGCAGCUCCGAUUGCCAGAGUUUUGCGCAUGCAUGGCAACACUGCCGCACGCCGGCCAUGUUAUUGUGAUUUGUAAAAGGUGGAACGUAGACACGUGUUUAAUUCGUGCAGCUCUUUAGCGUUGAGAAAACGACAGUAAUUCGCCAGCAAAUAAGCAAAAACAAUACACAACUCGCGUGUGCAGUAGAUAGCAUUGAAAGCACCCAAAGAUAGUGAGCAAAAUAAGUUACCCAAGCGGUUCACAAAGAUCUUUCAAUAUUCAGCGAAAAUGGUAUCCGGUCGUCCUCUACUCUACCUCUCACUGCCCGGUGUAGCAUUUAUACUCGGCGUCUUUUGGUUUCGGCGUAGAUAUAAAAAUUGUUUAGACAAGCCCGACGACGAGGACUCAUCGGCCAUCAAUGACUCGUCGAUUGAACCCACUGUGCAGGCGCGCAAGUCCAACGGAGUCCUGCAGAAUGGCAAGCUGCCGCAGCAGCCGGCCAGCAAGUCGAUGAACAUCAACGGAACUUUAGUUAACGGAAGCGGUAGCGGAUGUAGCAGUGAUGAGAAGGACAGUCCCACUACCAUGUUGUAUGGUAAAUCAGCACCCAUCAAAAUCCAGAGCAAUGGACGCUCCUCAAAUGGCAAGCAUCAGCAGCAGAUCGAUUCCGAAAUACUGAAGUCAAAGAUACAGGACGCCGAGCACAAGACACUCUGCUCCAUAGACGAGGAUUUCGAGAAUCUAUCGUCGCCACGUGAUUUACCCGAUUCGGUAAACACACGCAUCUCGUUCUACAAUCGUAAGACUAGCCAAAAGACGGUGGAACCGGUGGUGAUUAAGGCCACGCGCACACCCAAGAUAUCGCCAGAGAACUCCUUCCUGGAUACCAACUACACCAACAAGGAGUGCGAGCAGAACAACAACUGUGAGCCCAAGGAGGAGACCGCCAAGGAGGAGCCCUCCAAGAAGGAGGCCGAUCAGGAGGAGCUCGAGCAGGAUCAGGAGCAGACGGUGUUGAAGGAGGAAGUGGUCGAUAACAAGGGCAAUCAGAAGCGCAAUGUGGAUGCAGCCAGUCCAUCGCUGAGCAUUUGCAGUGUGCAAUCGGGCGAUUCUGGCAAGGGAUCCAGCUUGCCGCGCUCGGAGGCGACACGCGUGAAGACCACCUAUGAGUUCCUCUUCCCGAUCAGUCUGAUUGGUCACCUGUACGGCCGCAAGCGGGCGUUUAUUAACCAAAUCAAGGCCAAGACCCUGGCCAGCGUGUCUCUAGGCAAGAAUCCCUACUCGGGCAAGGUGCGCAUCUGUACCAUUGAGGGAACGGAGAGCGAGAUUGAUGCCGCCCUGGCCAUGAUCCGUCAACGUUUGCCGGCCAAGCGCUAUCCGAACUUCACCAUGCAACGCAUCCACUUUGCGCUUCCACAGACCAUAGUUCCUCUUUCGACCGAAAGCCUCUACAAUCUACAACUGAAACUGAUCGAGGGCAUCAACAACGAUGUGGUGGUGAGUGCGGUGCUAUCUGGGUCGCAUAUUUUCAUCCAGCACCCGCUGCAUCCCUCGCAUCCAUCGUUGCCUUUGCUGCAGAAGCAGCUGUACGAUAGCUACUCCACCAUGGAGGCGCCAUUGCUGCCCAGUUUGGAGCUCAGUGCCGUGUGCGUGAUACCCAUCAAUGAUGUGUGGUAUCGCGUCCAGAUUGUCGACACAGACCCCGAGGACGAGGAGCGUUGCGUCAUCAAGUUUCUCGACUUUGGUGGAUACAUGAAUGUCGGCUUCAACACACUGCGACAGAUUCGCACCGAUUUCAUGAAUGUGCCCUUCCAGUCCACCGAAUGCAUCCUGUCCAACAUUGAGCCCAUCGAUGGCACCUGGUCCAUCGAGGCGGCCGAAAUCCUCAACCAACUUACCAAAGGCAUUGUCUUGCAAGCACAAGUCGCCGGCUAUAAUAGUCACAACAUACCAGAAAUCUUUUUAUUCGCAUCCCUAGGUCCCAAUAAUGUAAUCUUUAUCAAUAAGGAGCUGGUCGGCAGAAAGCUCGCAAAUUGGGUGGAGAUGAGUGACUAACAGCCUUAGUGAACAACUCAACUAGCAACCAAGAACUAUAUGAAAACUUAAAAGCAAACUUAAACAACAAUCACUCAAACCCAAAUCAAGCAACUUGGCGGUGCAGCAAAAAAGGAAUGCUUGAGUCUAGCGCAACAGGCUCCAAGAUGCGGAUUCGGAUAAAGGAUUUCGUAUGCAGCUUUUGCAGUUAGCAUGUAGCAUUGUAGCACACAGCAUAUAGCAGUUGCCUGAUUCCAAAAGAACUGGCAAGUGCAGAGGCCUCAACACAAAGAAAAUGAAACGUUUGUUACGUUGUUUAGAUUGCGACUGAGCCCAUGAAGAGAGCCCCUUAAUCAUUACAUAACAAACAACACACACUCGCAUAAUACCCCCACACACACACACCACACACACGCAUAUAUGAGUAAGAGCACCUAACAACACACUAACCCACACAUAUUACACAACAAGGACUGUCCAGAAUUGGAUACCAAAAUGGGGGAAAGUUAGGGAUCAGCUGGGUUAUGCGUUUUGUGACCACAUGGCAACACAUGGGCGGGCGGGCAUGCAACGGAUCGGACUGGAGCUGCAGAUAUUACCAUACUCAGUUUAUAAGUAGGCAUUACUAAAUAAUGUACAUAGAUUUUAUAACGAUAACGAGAGGCGAAACAACAAACAAACAAACAACACACUAAAUAGACCCAACUAAAAUAUCGAGCGUUCAUAAGAUAUAUACAGAUAUACAAAACCUCAGAAACUCUGGAUAGGAAUUAGAGAAAAACCUGACAAAAUUUUAGUUUUAUGCUGCUAUUUGUGCUGAGAUCUGUAAAUAUUAUAUUAGGCCUUUUUAAACAACUGAUAAUAUCUAAUCGUCGAGUUCAUACAUUUACAUGCAUUAUAAAUUUUUUGUUGAUUUGUAUUCGAACUGUAUUCAAAAAACGUAUUCAAAAUUCCCAACCCAACCCAACUCACACCCGCACUAAAGCCACAGAAUGCCUAACAAAGAAAAAGAAACCAUUUAAAAGCGAAUUCUUAAUAAUUAUAUAUGCGUGUGUGCCAUUGUUAGACAACAAACCAACAUUAAACAUAACAAACAUAACAAGCAAAACAACAAACACAGUAAAAAAAAAAAACAAAAUCAGAAAUGGAUACUUUUUCCCCCAAACAAACCCAUUGUAUAUAAAUCCAUUUUGACAGACAAAGAAAUGCAAAAAACAAAUGAGAAACAAUGAUUGUUGCUACCAAAACUAGCCUAUUGAAAAGAAGGAGUGAAAACCUCUAAAUGCCUUUCUUUCAAACUUCUUUUGUAUAUGCAAGAGGAAAAAGAAGCAAGCGAAUUGUUGCAAACUUAUCGCUUAUGCUACCAAUUCUGGGUGUCUAGCCUAGCAGCAAUUUUAGCUAGAAUUGUUCUAAGUGUAGCGCAGCCACAACAACAACAUCAACAACACAUCGAUAAUAACACAAUAACAAAAUAACACACUAAUAAACCAUCAAAGAAACCAACCAUGUUAAUCAUAUUUAUUUUGUUGUGUAUGAAAAAUAGAGUUUUAUUUCAAUUGUAUUUUACAUUGACAUUUACAUUGAUCGGCAGCAACGGAAUUACUAUAAACAUUUAUAAAUCGUUUCAAAAAACAACAAGUUUUCAGGUUCAAUCACAAUUCAGCUUAAUAGUCGUCGUCAUCGUUCUCAUGUCGUCAUCGUCAUAAUUAAAUUACUUAGAUAAUGUAAUGUACAAGUGAUGAUCCACACAAUAUUCAUCUAUUUGGUCAACAUGAAAGACUUGGAGUGUUUUUCUUCUUCAACGGUAGCCUACAAUUAUUAUAGUUAACGCUAUCAUUAAACCAUUAUUAUUAUUAUUAUUAUUAUUAUGAUUACCUCUUUUUUUGCUAUUUGUUUUUAGAUCCUUCUUGAUAAUUAAAGCAACUUCAUUCUAAUUGUUAUCCUAAACUAAAACAACUUUUGGAGUGGCGCGCUGCCCUCCACACUGUAGUGCAAAUUCGUUUAAUGGAUCCUCGUUUUUAAUGUCGUUUAAUGCCUUUGGAAAUUCGAUUCGGUCGGAAGAGAACUACAUUUUAGCCUAUGGAAAACUAAAUACAUAUUAUUGCUUACUUUUAAAUGAAGCAUUCAUCUCGAUGAGGGAGUAGGAGAUUUCAAUUUGCAUGCGCCAGAGUUGUCAACGUGCUCGGUGCUUUAUCGAAUUCAUUGUAGAUUUGUCACUUGUACAAUUGUUGAUAAACUGAUUAACUGAUAACUGAUUUACAGACAUAGAGAUAAUGCAAACACGACA